CUUCCCUUCCCUCCUCCGUCUUGAAGCAGCCCUCACCCGCCCGAACUACACCACUUUCUUUAGCCCACCCGACUUUCGCUUUCUUCUUCUUCUUCCCAGACGGCACUGCAAACCCUACGCCUGUCUCUCUCUGUUUCCUUCCCCACUGAAACUUCGUAGGCGAGAUGUCCACCUUAGAAAUUGAAGCUCGAGAUGUCAUCAAGAUUGUGCUUCAAUUUUGCAAAGAGAAUUCUUUGCACCAAACGUUUCAAACAUUGCAGAGUGAGUGCCAGUUAUCUUUGAACACUGUCGACAGUGUUGAGACAUUUGUUUCUGACAUAAAUAGUGGAAGGUGGGAUGCAAUUUUGCCUCAAGUGGCUCAACUUAAGCUUCCAAGGAACAAAUUGGAGGAUUUGUACGAGCAGGUACGUGGAUAUGCCUGGUAUUUGGACAAGGGAGCAAGUCGAAGCAUGGAAACCAGUUGUUGACGCUGUUCACACUAAAGGCGGUAUCUUCUUCUGUCAGAUUUGGCAUGCCGGCAGGGUUUCAAAUAGCGGUUUCCAGCCCAAUGGGCAAGCUCCAAUCUCUUGCACUGACAAGCCACUGACCCCCCAGCUACUGUCUAAUGGUGUUGACGUUGCUGAAUUCACGCCUCCAAGGCGAUUAGAGACAAAUGAAAUUCCACAAAUUGUGAAUGAUUUUAGACUUGCUGCACGGAAUGCUAUCGAAGCUGGCUUUGACGGGGUUGAAAUUCACGGGGCCAAUGGCUACAUUAUUGAUCAGUUUCUUAAAGACCAAGUGAACGAUCGAACAGACCAAUACGGUGGAUCUCUAGAGAAUCGUUGUCGAUUUGCUCUGGAAAUCGUUGAAGCUGUUGCUAAUGAGAUAGGAGCAGACAAAGUUGGACUUCGAUUAUCUCCAUUUGCCGACUAUAUGGAGUCAGGGGAUUCGAAUCCUAACGCAUUAGGCCUUUACAUGGCGGAAUCCUUGAACAAAUACGGGAUCCUGUACUGCCAUGUGAUUGAGCCAAGAAUGAUGACACCGGGAGAUAUAAGUGAAAGCUCCGAUAGUCUUGCGCCAAUGAGAGAAGCAUUCAAAGGUGCCUUCAUCGCUGCAGGUGGUUACGAUAGGGAAGAUGGGAACAAGGCCAUUGCUGAGGGCCGUGCAGAUCUUAUUGCUUAUGGUCGUUGGUUCUUGGCUAAUCCGGAUUUGCCAAAGAGAUUUGAGCUUAACGCUCCUCUAAACAAGUACAAUCGAGAUACGUUCUACACAUCGGAUCCGGUAAUUGGUUACACUGAUUAUCCAUUUCUUGAAACCACGGUUUAAGUAUCCAAUUAAAUGUGGAAGCUUGAACACUUGUACGUUUAUACCUGUAUACCUGCACUGAUGUUCUUGAA